AAUCGUUGACAAGGAAAUGCCCUCCCGCUGGAAGCGCAUAUCGAACAUCAAAAUAAUGAACAUUGAACACAUUCUAAAGGAAAAAUCACUUGCCUCUGUACCAAGCAAAAACAUAUUCUCUAAAUUCAUCGAAAAAUGUCCCUCUCCUCGAGCAAUCUACGAAUGGAAGCAGAAACAUCUUCGGCUGCUGUGGACCAUCUUCACGGCUCCGGCAUUCUUCCAUGAGGUCGCUAAACGCCGAGUUGACGAUAAUUGCAUCCACGCGAGCGACCUUUCCAAUCGUAAAGUGGUCAGCUGGAUUCACGAGGAAGAAACGAGCGGCUCUCGAUGGAUAGAGAUCAUCAAACGAACCAAGCAGCAAGUUCCGGGAGCCAGGUUCUCCGAUGCCUUUUUGACGGCACUGUCCAGUAGUCUACAGAAAUAUUUGGCAUCGAAAUCAGAUUUCGUUCCAAGCAACAUUACCGUAGUGUUACCGACCCGUGUUGAACGAGAAUCUCCACAACUGAAGCUGCAUAACAAGUUCUCGGUGGCUCUUCAAACGUUACCAAUUGCUGCGGGUAUCGAUCUUCAAGAUCCGAAUCGCUUCCAAAACUUUCUCAUCCGCCUGAGCGACGUGAAGCAGCACUCCGAUGUCCUCCGUUCAUCGCCCGACUAUUUGAUCAACUACUGGAUUAUGUCGACGGUGGCGUGCCUCUUCCCCGACCCGAUACUUCGUAAGAUCCUCACAAGCGCACACAGCACCCUGGCGAUUUCGAACCUACCCGGGCCGCAGCAGAAACCAUGCAUCCACGGUUACGAGCUCAAGAACCUCAGCUUUUGGAUUCCGAAUAUUGGCCAAACGGCCGUUGGCCUAACGCUGCUGACCUACGGUGGACGAAUGCAGCUGGGAAUUCUUGCCGAUCGAGCAGUGAUCGACAAUGAGGACGACGCCCACUUGAUUCUCGAGGAGACGAUUGCCGAAAUUGAACGCAUGGGACUUGUGCUGGAUGGAGCUUAGCGGGGAGGAGAGACUGAUGGAAAAACCAAAAUUAUAAGACUGUAGAGGAGGUUGGAAGAAAUGCAAUAAAUAAUGAGUACACUUUUGGAUAAA